AUGCGGAGAAGCCGUCCGGAGAUGGCUACCAAUACGGUACGGGGUCGUACCACGGGGAAGCCUGUGGAGGCACGCAACAUGGACGGCUUGAUCACAACCACGGCUCACAUGGAAGAACUUUUCACGCCGUACGGCGUCUCCAGUCGCGUCUGGACCGUCUUGGCCAGCGGCAUGCCGUGA